AAGACAUUAUAAAGUCACCCGCCAUCUGCUCUUAUCAGGAACCUCAUGUCGAAAGCAUUAUGUUCAUACGUUAAGAUCUUGUAUCAGUGAGACAAGACAUCAUCCGAUUGCCCGGGUUAAUCUCGUGACAGAUUUUUGCCCAAAGAAAUGGCUAGAAGAGUUGCAUCUGUGCUUUUAGUUGUCACUCUGAUUCUUUUCCUAGCCGGAGAUGUGCUGAGCCGCCUGAUUGUUCUGAGCGAUUCGUCAUCUCCUAUCCUCGUUUCUGAUGGAGUUGGAACUACACAGAGUCGAAGCGCCACAUUCUUGCUCAAACCUUUAUUCUCAUCGAAGAGCUGCGAUGAGACGUAUGGGUUCCUGCCCUGCACGAGCACCAUCCUGGGGAACGUUUUCCUCAUUCUUGUGUACGGUUAUAUGAUGUUUGUAUCGGCUAAGUUGUUGUCUGAUGGAAGCGAGAUCCUGCUCCAAGUGCUCGGCCCUGGCAUUAUCGGUGGCCUCUUUCUGCCAAUCCUCAGCUCACUUCCUGAUGCUGCAAUCAUUCUUGCAUCAGGAAUCUCUGGGAGCAAAGAAGAUGCCCAGGACCAGCUCUCUGUUGGCAUGGGUCUGCUCGCCGGAUCCAACGUUUUGCUUCUGACAGUUCUGUGGGGCACUUGUCUCAUGGUCGGAAAAUGUGACAUUGAAAACUCGAUUGCAGUUGAUGAAAAGGACACGAAAUCAUUCAGCUUGACAGGAUCGGGGGUGUCCACCGAUAUAUGGACGAGCUACGCUGCGAGGAUCAUGGUUAUCUCAGUAAUCCCUUUCAUAAUAGCCCAGUUACCUGAAGUCCUCAGCAGUGGCUCACAGAGUCGGGCGGCAAUUCUGGCAUCGUUCAUCGUCUCAAUGUGUUUGUUGAUAUCUUACAGCGUCUAUCAGGUUUCCCAGCCGUGGAUCCAGAGGAGAAAAUUCGCGUAUGCAGUACACAAGCGAGUCAUGUCGGGAAUUCUUGGGCAGCUCAAGUUACGUACGAUUGGCAGACUUCUCACUGAUGAGGGCAAGCCCAACACCGAAGUCAUGGAGAAGCUAUUCGAGAAGCUAGACAAGGAUUCUGAUGGAUUCCUAUCGCCAGAGGAGAUGAGAGGCCUCCUGGUUGGGAUCCAGUUUGAAGAGAUGGACAUGAAUUUUGAUGAUGCGGUCUCAAAAGUGAUGAAGGACUUCGAUAUUUCCGAGGAUUCCCACAUAAAUAAGGAGGAGUUUGUUCGAGGAAUCUCCAAAUGGCUUCAUAAAGCUAUGCGUUCCAAAGGUCAUUUCCACUGCGACGAGAGUUCAAAAAUUACGAGACUUCUGAAUAGCUUCCAACGGCGAGCGCAGCAAGAGUGUGAUCUAUUGGUGGAUCAAGAAGAUAGCGUGGUCAGUUCAGACAAGGAAAAAAUCAAGUGGAACGUCAUGAAGGCGGUGCUGAUGUUGCUGGGCGGUACUGUUAUUGCUGGUGUAUUUGCAGAUCCGCUCGUGGACUCUGUCGACAAUUUGUCGACGGCAACAGGCAUUCCUUCAUUCUUUGUUUCCUUUGUCAUUUUGCCCUUUGCAAGCUCGAGCGAGGUGGUCUCAACUCUGAUCUUUACCAGUAGGAAGAAGUUGAGGACUACAUCUCUUGCCUACUCUGAGAUAUACGGAUCGGUGACCAUGAGCAACACCCUCUCCCUAUCUGUGUUCCUUGGACUGGUCUAUAUUCGUGAGCUGGAUUGGAAUUUCUUCUCGGAAGUGCUAAUAAUAUUUAUCGUCUGCGCAGUGAUGGGAAUCAUCGCUAGCUUCCGAACCACUUUCCCCCUGUGGAUCGCUCUGUUGGCUUGUGCACUUUACCCGCUCUCAUUGGCUAUGGUCUUUGUUCUCGACUAUGUUCUCGGGUUAUCCUAGACUAGCUAGUUCAUGCAUAGAGAUCGAUACGUAUACAAGUCGAUAUUCAUCUUCUUUUUUAAUCUAGUUUUCGUACCUGGAACUUUCCGUCGAUAAAUCUUGUAGAUGCUUAAGGCACGGCUUUGUGGAACAUUCACCAAAUUCUUAACUGAAACAUAAUAAUGCCUCGAAUGGUCGACAUAAA